UUUACAUAUGGACAUAUGUGCCUUCACUUUUGUGUGAGAGCGCACCAGGUCACCCACGCAACAGAAAACUUCAAAGAUUCCCAUGACAGAGGCAGAAGAACAGGAGACGGAUUCCAUGGAACUGCCUCAAGAGAGACAGAAGACCAGGCUUCGUAACUGCCAGCGCUGCCUUCCACUUUGGGUAGUCUUGGUGCUCUUGGGUGGAACUGGAGCAAUAAUUUGGUACUUCUUAGACUACAGACCACGUCAUCUGGAGUCAAGUCCUCUGCACUUCUACUCUGGCAGCCUACGGAUCCUCAAUCAGCAGUAUUCUCUGGAUCAUGGGCGGAUGGAAUCCAGAGCAUUCUGGACAGAGAUAGCAAAGGCACAGAAGAUGCUGAAAGAACUUAUUCAUGCCACUGAUCUGGCUCCUUACUACAACUCCAGUACUGUCUAUGCCUUUGGGGAAGGAUCGUUGACCUGCUUCUUCUGGUUUGCCCUUCGAAUCCCAGCAAGCCAUGACGAGGAGAUAACUGUGGAGAAAGUAAAAGCUACUCUGUAUAAAGAGCUUCUGGCCAACGUCAAUAAGACAGGUCACCGCUCCUAUCAGACAGAAUACAAGAUUGACCCCAAAUCUUUGAUUCUGCUGGAAUCCAGUGUGAAAGACAUAAUAGUGCUGAAGUCCACAUUGGGCUGCUACCGAUAUAGUUACAUCAGGGAAGAUUCAGUCCUAAAACUGAAGGGGCCAGACUACUUAGCUUCCAGCUGUCUUUGGCAUCUCCAUGGGCCCAGAGGUCAUAUGAUCAAGCUGCGCCUGGAAUGGACCCUCCCAGAAUGCAGGGAUCGACUGGCCAUGUAUGAUGUGGCCGGGCCACUGGAGAAACAACUCAUCACUUCGCUAUAUGGCUGCAGCCGUCAGGAGCCUGUGGUAGAAGUCCUGUCUUCUGGUCCUGUCAUGUCGGUGGUGUGGAAGAAGGGGAUGUACAGUUACUAUGAUCCUUUCAUACUCUCUGUCCAGGCCGUGCCCUUUGAAGCCUGCCAAAUGAAUCUGACCCUGAAGAGAAGUUGGGAGCUGCAAGGCAACAUCAAGACUCCGUACUACCCCAGUUACUAUGCACCCAAUACACAGUGCACCUGGCACAUGAUGGUCCCAUCUCUGGAAUAUGGUGUGGUCCUCUGGUUUGAUGCCUACACUCUUAGAAGACAGAAGUAUGACCUCCCAUGUACUCAGGGACAAUGGACUAUCCAGAAUAGAAGAUUGUGUGGCCUACGCACUUUGCAAGCCUACGCUGAACGGAUUCCUGUCAUUUCCAGUGCUGGCGUCACCAUUAGCUUCACCUCUCAGAUCUCCCUGACUGGGCCUGGAGUACAGGCUGCUUACAGCCUCUAUAAUCAAUCAGACCCAUGCCCCAGAGAGUUCCUCUGCUCUGUGAAUGGGCUGUGUGUGCCAGCAUGUGAUGGGAUCGAAGACUGCCCCAAUGGACUAGAUGAGAGAAACUGUGUCUGUCCUGCAAAAUUCCAGUGCCAGGAAGACAGCACAUGCAUUGAGUUCUCCACAGUCUGUGAUAAGCACCUCAAUUGUGUCAAUGGGAGUGAUGAGCAGCAAUGCAAUGAAGGAAUUCCCUGUGGACUUUUCACUUACCGGUGUGCUGAUGGGAGCUGUGUGAAGAAACCCAAUCCACAGUGCGAUUCAAUCUCGGACUGCAAGGAUCAGUCUGAUGAGAUGCAUUGUGACUGUGGAGUGCAAGAGGUCCCAACUAACCGGAUUGUGGGUGGUGCUCAUUCUGUGGAAGGAGAGUGGCCAUGGCAAGCUAGCCUGCAGGUUCGUGGACACCAUGUUUGUGGUGGAACACUGAUUGCAGAUCGUUGGGUGAUUGCUGCUGCUCACUGUUUCCAGGAAGACAGCCAUGCGUCCCCCACUGUUUGGACUGUCUUCCUUGGCAAACAAUUUCUGAAUGUCACCAGCCCCAAUGAAGUCUCCUUCAAAGUGAACCGAAUCUUGCCACACCCCUACUAUGAAGAAGAUAGCCAUGACUAUGAUGUGGCACUACUGCAGCUGGACCAUCCAGUGAUCUAUUCAAGUUUCAUCCAGCCAAUCUGCCUGCCUGCCAGCUCCCAUCUGUUUGAGCCUGGCCUCCUGUGCUGGAUCAGUGGCUGGGGGGCAGUCAAGGAAGGAGGUCCCACAAGCAAGGUCCUGCAAAAGGCAGACGUUCAGGUGGUGCAACAGGAUGUUUGCAAUGAGGCCUAUCACUACCGGGUCACACCCAGAAUGCUGUGUGCUGGUUACCAUGAUGGAAGGAAGGACUCGUGUCAGGGCGACUCUGGAGGACCUCUUGCCUGCCAGGAGCCAAGUGGGAGAUGGUUCCUAGCUGGUGUGGUGAGCUGGGGAAUGGGAUGUGCACGCCCGAAUCACUUUGGAGUCUACACCAGGAUCACCAGUGUGAUGGAAUGGAUGAAGCAAACCAUGUCAAGUUGAAAAACAACGCCCAGUGUCUUCCUUUCCCUGCAAGAUAGCACCAGCUGAGCUAAGAAGUCACCUUCAAUCUUCACGACACUUUUCUUCUGCUCUAAAUUGGGGGGACAUUUCCUAUCUGGCCCAGAUCCCACCACAUAUUCAAGUGUUAGUCAUCACUAGGGAUGUUUUUGUGUGUGAACAGAAGGAGUUUUAGAAGGCCAUGAAGGGAAGGUGGGACAGAAUUGUCAAAAGAAACUCAGUAACUGCUUUGUCUUUCAUAACAAGGACCAACUGAGAGGAACUGUUUGUCUCCCAGGGUAGUAACUGCAGUUUUAUUUUUAAGACAGCCCAAAAUGGAUAUCCUGACUCUCAGGAGGGUUAGUUACAUCAGGUACGGAAAGUGGAGGUAGUAGCUGCAAGCCUUCCAGCUCUUUUUUGUCAUUCUAAAACAUAAUUCUAAGUCAGAGUCAACAGGACAUUCUAAGAUUUGGGGGUGAGGCAGGGGACAUACGCUGUUGCUGGGAUAGGGAGUGGAUGACCUUUAUAGGACAUUUAAGAUUUGCAUUCUUCCUAUGUCAA